UGAAUGUAUGUGAAACCUCGCUGCUUCUGUCAUGAGUCUCAUUCUCCAUUUCUGUGCUGUACUAAUUUCUUCAUGAAGGAGAACAAGAUGAUGCCCUCCUCCCCCCCCCACUUCUCACUACUGCUGACUUCCCCCUCCCACAUCCCAGGCACUCCUUUCAGGUCCUCCUUCUUGGGCACGAAGGGAACAGAACUGGUGUGAUUUUGCUGUACAGGAGGACACCAAACAAUACGAAGAGACAUCCAUGUGGGUUCCUCAUCCCCUGUGCCCUAAGGGAAACAGUUCUGCAGGGUGCUUCAUUUCCCAUAGAGCACAGGAAGGCUUUGAGAGAAGGGUUAGACUGGCUGGUUGGUGUAUAGGCCAAACUCCCCUGACUAGAGCAAUGCAGCUACUGUGGCUCCAAUGCAGUAGCCCCACUGUUGUACUAAGGGCAAAGGGGCAGAUUCCAUGUGCACCUAGCCCCCGUGGAAUUGGCAUGUACACGGUCCAUAUUUCACUUGCACCAUUCCCUGAGCUAUAUAUGAUGCACCACACCCUUAAUUUUAAUACUUAGGCGUUAAUUUUGUCAUAAUAAUGGUGGACACUGUCUCUUAUUUCUCCCUCCAUUAAAGCCCUGCCCAUUUACGUGAGCUGGAGUGAUACUUGCAUAGCAAGAGGCUAAUAUGUGACAUUUAACCACUAUCCCUGAAAACUGCUAGCCAGAAUUCUUGCAAAACUAUUCAGUAUGUUCCCCUUCUAGCUUUCGAAAUGAGUGACAGCGCUUCAGUUCGGAUAACGGGAGGCUAAGGCAGGUGUUUCUCAUGAAGGACGUGGUUCGUUCCUAAUAAAACCUUAAGCUAAGAAAUGGCAUGUGGCCCUUUUUUUAGGUCCUAAAAUAAAACUUUCAUAGAAUUGAUUCAGAAAGCUUUAUUUUCCCUUCUUCCUUGAAGGAGCCCGAAAGCUGAAAAGAGGAGGAGCUGAAAAGAGGUGGUACAUGGGAAUUUCCCCAUUGCAGGCAUAUGAAUUGCCUUCCUGUUCUUCAGCAGUCUAGGUUCAACCGCUCCUAGAGUUUACUUUUUUUUUUUGCAGGGGAAGUGGAGAGUCAGCAUGGCUGGACGAGUAUUAGCCAAAUUUGUGUCCUCGUCUUUUACUGCUGUUUUGUUCUCCCUGUUGCUCUCUGCUAUGCAGUGUUCAGGGCUUUGUGGACAAUUUGAAUAUCCCUUACAUAAACGAUGCUGCAAGGAGUGUGCUCCUGGUGAGGGAAUGAGAAACCGCUGCUCACCAUCAUCCGAAACUGAAUGCAUCCCCUGCCAAGAUGGAUACUUUAACUCAAAGUAUAACUACUAUCCGUGCAAAAUCUGCACCGUCUGUGACACAGAUAGGGGAAGCAUGGAGGUGAAGAAGUGUGAUAAGAUCUUAGAUACAGUUUGCGUGUGCAUGAAGGGUUACACCCCAUACGACAGCGGAUCGUCAGAGGAAUCUCCAUCAGGAAGAGAAUGCUUCCCUUGUCCUGAUGGGCAUUUUUCCGAUGGAAACAACGACAGAUGCCGGCCCUGGACCAACUGCACCGCGUAUGGCAAGAAGACUCUCAGAGCUGGGACAAGAAUAGAAGAUGCCAUCUGCGAUGACCAGGACAAACAGGCCACCACACUCCAAACAUCCACCUUAUACCUCUCUCUCAUCAGCCGCAGAAGCAAUGGAUCUACUACAGCACUCCCCCACUUCACGUCCAGAGACACCCUCUCCACCACUCCCGUUAAAAAGGAGACUAACUGGGGGUCUUUAUCGCUCAUUUUGAUUUGCUUAACAUUGCUCAUGGUAUCUGGAAUGUCCAUCCUCCUCUUGAUUAUCCAGACGACCAAAAAGGAGAAGCCAAAGAGACCUCCUGUGAAUGGACAACUUGAUGGAAGAAGCUUUCGAAUUCCUAUCCAGGAAGAGCAAAUCGACUCCAAUUCCAGCCUCAUCAAAAACUGAUUCCCUGUUUUACUACAGUGUACUGUCAUCUG